CAGCUGUCUCUUUAAAAGCUGCUCGGCAGUUUCCUCCCAGUGAAGGUAUAUUUCUACCCGUUUGCUGGUUGAGUAGUGUGCCCCCAGUGGAUCGGCCCUCAUAAUGUCAGGAAUGGCGUCUCGUAUCAAGAAGUGCAGGGAGCGAGCAGCCGGGAUCGGCACCUGGGAGCAACCUGUGAAAUUUCUCAAACAGGAUUAUGAAGCGCUCCGACAGCAGUGCUUGGAGACGGGAAGCCUGUUCUGUGACGAGUUUUUCCCUGCUUGUCCUUCAGCCUUGGGCUACAAUGAACUCGGACCUGGCUCGUACAAAACCAGAGACGUGGAGUGGAGACGCCCGAAGGAUCUGUGUGCAAACCCUGAAUUCAUUAUUGGAGGAGCAUCGCGCACGGAUAUCUGCCAGGGGGCACUAGGUGACUGCUGGCUUUUGGCUGCUAUUUCAUCACUGACCCUGAACAAUGAGGUUCUAAACAGAGUGAUUCCUGGUGGACAAGACUUUGGCUCUGAUUAUGCAGGAAUCUUCCAUUUCCGGUUCUGGCAGUACGGAGAAUGGGUGGAUGUGGUGAUCGAUGACCGGUUGCCCACGAAGGAUGAUAAGCUGAUGUUCGUGCACUCAGCUUCAGGAAAUGAGUUCUGGAGUGCUCUGCUGGAGAAAGCUUAUUCAAAGUUAAAUGGGUCCUAUGAAGCAUUGUCUGGGGGAUCCACAACUGAGGGGUUUGAGGAUUUUACAGGAGGAAUUUCAGAGUGGUAUGAAUUAAAUGAAGCACCAAGCAAUCUCUUUAAGAUCAUACAAAAGGCAUUAAGAUCUGGGUCACUACUUGGCUGUUCUAUUAAUAUCACAAGCUCAGCAGAAACAGAGGCAAUUACUUCGCAGCAGCUGGUCAAAGGUCAUGCUUACUCUGUAACUGGAGCAGAAAUAGUGAACUAUCAAGGUGAAGAGGAGAAAUUGAUCCGGAUCAGGAACCCUUGGGGUCAAGUGGAGUGGACUGGAAGCUGGUCUGACAACGCACCAGAGUGGAGAUGUAUCCCUGACGAAGAAAAAGAGCGCCUUUGUGACCGAUCAGAGGAUGGAGAAUUCUGGAUGGCAUUUUCUGAAUUUCUAAGGAACUUCUCUCGAGUGGAAAUCUGCAAUCUCACUCCUGACACACUUGCCAGUGAUGAUGUUCAUAAGUGGAGCAUGGUUGUUCACGAUGGGUCCUGGAGAACUGGAUCUUCUGCAGGGGGAUGCCGAAACUACCCAAGAACAUUUUGGACAAAUCCUCAAUUUAAGAUUCAACUGGAUGAAGCAGAUGAAGAUCCUGAUGAUGAAGAUGAGUUGUGCAGUUUUCUCGUUGGGGUGAUUCAGAAGAAUCGUAGAAGACAAAGGAAAAUGGGCGAGGACAUGCAUACUAUAGGCUUUGCCAUCUAUGAGGUCCCUGAUGAGUAUAAAGACCAAACUAAUAUUCAGCUGAGGAGAGAUUUUUUCAUGACCCAUGCAUCUCGUGCAAGAUCAGAAACCUUCAUCAACCUGAGAGAGGUCAUGAACCGGCAUGCUCUUCCACCUGGACAAUAUUUCAUUGUACCAUCCACUUUUGAGCCAAAUAAAAAUGGAGACUUUGCCAUUCGUUUGUUUACGGAGAAACAAGCUGAUGUACAAGUGAUAGAUGUUGAAGUUGAUGCAAAACUGGAAGAUGAAGAGGUCGAUGAAGACGACAUUAGUGCUAGCUUCCAGAAUUUGUUUGAUUAUUUGGCAGGGGAGGAUGCAGAGAUUUCUGCCUUUGAGCUGCAGAGAAUACUUAACAAAAUUGUAUCCAACCGUGAAGACAUUAAAACUGAUGGUUUUAGUUUGGAGACCUGUCGAAAUGUAAUCAGUCUAAUGGAUAAGGAUGGAUCGGGAAAAAUUGGACUGGUGGAAUUCAAGCUGUUUUGGAACAAGUUACAGAAGAUCCUGAAAAUUUUCAAGAAGAUGGAUGCCGAUGAAUCUGGUACCAUGAAUUCACAUGAACUACGACUGGCACUUGAAGCAGCAGGUUUCACUCUGAACAAUACAUUGAUUCAGAACAUUGUUGCACGUUAUGCAGACUCCAACCUCGUCAUUGACUUUGAUAACUUUGUUGGCUGUUUGCUCCGAUUGGAAACCAUGUUCAGAAUAUUUAAACAACUAGACCUGAAUGAUGAGGGAGAGGCAGAGAUGGAUAUAGUUUCAUGGCUGUGUCUGGUACUGAACUAAAAUGCUGCUCUGCUACAAGAAGCCAGGCGUUGAUCAAUCAACAGAUACUACAAUGGACAUCUCCUAAAUUAUAAAGGCAUAACAUCAGAACUAAUAUAAUUCAAUUUAUUGGGUAUCAUGAAUGGGCAUAGAAAAUAGGGUUUUGUUUUUCUAGUGCAUUGCUGUCCUAUCUUUUAUACAGAAAUUUGGGUGCUAUCUAUCUAACCAGAACUGUGUAUCAAUCCAUAUCAUAUUGAACAUCAAUAUUCCUGAAAGAGAUCUUAAAUCACAGUUACCACAUUACACAGUUUAUCUUUCUAGUGGUCUGCAUUACAUUACAGAUUUAUUAAUCGGUUUAUUUUCUUUUGUGAUUAAAAAGGGAUAAUUUUUUAAAAAUUAAAUUAAAUUUUAUUUACAGCGUGGUAACAGGCCCUUCCGGCCCAACGAGUCCACGCCGCCCAUUUUAAACCCCAAAUUAACCUACCCGUACGUCUUUAGCAUGUGGGAGGAAACCGGAGCACCCGGCGAAAACCCACGCAGACACGGGAGAACGUACAGAUUUAGCAAAUCCCUCACUUUAGUUAAGUCUACAAAUACAGGCACAUGUAGAUGACAAAGAUGGUGCUCAGAAUCAUGAUUUAUAAUACAAAUAUAAUAUUCAAACUGGAUUGGCCUUUAAAUUUAGAAGCAACUUGCUUUGUGCUAUACAAGCAUAGAAAUGUUUUCCCAAUUGAUUAUUGAAAUAAUAAUCCCUAAAACUAAUGCAAUUUCUAUUAAAUAGCUGGUGUUUUUAUUAUAUAUGUUUGCUAGAUGCUUUUGGUACAGAUGUUUAGUAUAAAUCAAAAUAUGCUUCAAGUUAAAAACUGCUUUUAUUUGCACAAAUGUAAUUAAAAUUAAAUUCAGAAUGUGGGCAA